AUGGGGACAGGGACCCCGAAUAUUUGGGCUUUUUGGGGUGACCCCCCCCUCACCCCCAGGUCCAUCUACACGUCCCCCAUCAAGGCCUUGUCCAACCAGAAGUUCCGGGAUUUUCGGGAGACCUUUGGGGACGUGGGGCUGCUGACGGGGGACGUGCAGCUGCGCCCCGAGGCCGCCUGCCUGGUCAUGACCACCGAGAUCCUGCGGUCGAUGCUGUACAACGGCUCUGACGUCAUCAGGGAUUUGGAGUGGGUGAUCUUUGACGAGGUGCAUUACGUCAAUGAUGAUGAGGUGGGGGUUUCGGGGGGGGGGAUCCCUUUGACCUUUCCCCAUCCCGUUUUUUCCCGUUUUUUUCCCCGUUUUUUCCCGUUUUGGCCCCGUUUCAGGCGCACCAAGCGUCGCUGUGUGCGGGUUCUGAGCACCCCGCGCCGCCCGGUGCCCCUGGAGCAUUUCCUGUUCACGGGGAACAGCUCCCGGACCCGGCUCCAGCUGUUCCAGCUGCUGGGCCCCACCGGGGCCUUCAGCACGCAGGGGUACUACGCGGCCGUGGAGGCCAAGAAGGAGCAGAGCAGCAAACACGCGCAGAGCUUCGGGGCACGGCAGCCGACCAUGGGAGCCCCGAACCCCGGGCAGGUACGGGGGAAAUGGGGCGAGUACACGCAGAUGUCGGGGCGAGCGGGGCGCCGGGGGCUGGACGCCACCGGCACCGUCAUCAUCCUGUGCAAGGGCCCGGUGCCCGAGCUGUCCGACCUGCACCGCAUGAUGCUGGGACGGCCGUCGCCGCUGCAGUCGCGGUUCCGCCUGACGUACCCCAUGAUCCUGCUGCUGCUGCGAGCCCCGGCCCUGCGCCCUCACGACCUGAUGCGCCGCAGCUUCGCCGAGUUCCCGCUGCGCCGCGAUGCCACGGCACAGACGCGGCGCGUGGCCGCCCUCAGGGAGGCGCUGGCGGCGCUGGGGGACGCUGAGGGGACGGCGGGGGACACGGCGGACAUGGCCGACCUGCCCCAGUACCACCGAGCUGUCAUGGCCCUGCGCCGAGCACGGGCCGUGCUCCAGGUGAGCUCCGGGGGCUCCGGCCGCACCUUCACCACGCUGGUGCUGAGUGAGAAGCCCCCCAAGGACGGGGGGGCCCCCCCAGAGCCCCCCCAGGACGUGCCCUACCCCGAGGAUUUGCUGCUCAGCCGCCUCUUCCUGCCCGAGGGGCCCCCCGGGCACUGCCUGGAGCAGCUGCGCCCCGAGGACAUCGUGGGGGUCACGGCCAAGACCCUGAGGGUGAACCCCGAAAUUCUGCUGCAGGAGCUGCGCCCCCCCAGGGGACCCCGACCCCGCUCCCCUCCCCCGGGCGGGGGUCUCUCUGCAGCCCUGCAGGAGCUGUCCAGGCUGGCUGGGGGUGCCGGCAGGGAGGGGGGGCUGCCCCUGCUCGAGGCUUUUGGGGUCCCCCCCGGCCGUGACCCCGCAGCUCUGGCGGCUGCAGCCGAAAUUCGGGACCUGAGCCAGGCCCUGAGGGGCUUCCGCUGCGUGCACAGCCCCCGCUUCGCCCAGCAGUACUCCCAGUUUGCUGCCAGGCAGGAGCUGCUGGAGCAGCUGGAGGAGCUGCAGUUCCAGCUCUCGGACCAGUCCCUGCUGCUGCUGCCCGAGUAUCACCAGAGACUGGAGGCCCUGGAGCGCCUCCAGGCCGUCGCUGCCCGCGUGGGACGCCUGGAGCAGCAGCACGGCCUCGGGCCCGGCCCCGACGACUUCGUGGCCCAGUUCGGCUUCAGCCUGGUCCAGGUGGUCUACGAGUGGGCCAGGGGCAUGCCGUUCGCGGACAUUGCGCGGCUGGCGCCGGUGCAGGAGGGCUCGGUGGUUCGGGCGAUCCAGCGGCUGGAGGAGCUGCUGCGGGAGCUGCGCCAGGCCGCGCGCGUCGUGGGCGACCCCGCGCUGGCCGCCAAGAUGGAGGCGGCCGCCGCCAUGAUCAAGCGCGACAUCGUCUUCGCCGCCAGCCUGUACACGCAAUAAAGGGACUCCGGGACACCCCUGGAGCCCGUGUGGUUCA